AUGUCGCAUUCUAGCGAAGCCAUUGGCGCCUCCACGCGCUCUCUGCAUGCCGACGAUGUCUUGAACAUCGUUGACGAUGUUGCGCCUCCUAUGCAUCUCUCCACCACAUUUCGUUAUUCCAACAAUCCAUCCAAAUUAGUACCAGCUGCUGAUGCCACACCCGCUGACUUUGACCCGACUUCCCAUUGCUACUCGCGCAUGUCCGCACCCAACCCCACCCGCUUCGAAACAAUCCUCUCCACCCUCCUGCAUGGCCAUGUCAUAAGCUACUCCUCCGGCCUGUCGGCUCUUCACGCCGCUCUCACCCUCCUCAAUCCCCGCCGCAUUUCCGUUGGCGGUGGCUACCACGGCUGCCAUGGCGUCAUCGCCCUCUUCACCCGCAUAACAGGCCUCCAGAAGCUCGGCCUCGACUGUCCAGCUGAAGAGCUGGGUAAGGGAGACGUCAUUCUCCUCGAGACACCCGUCAACCCGCAAGGGACUGCCUUCGACAUCGCCUCCUACGCCGCCAAAGCCCACCUCCGCGGCGCAUACCUCAUUGUCGACAGCACCUUCGCCCCGCCCGGCCUGCAGGAACCAUUUGACUUCGGCGCAGAUAUCAUCAUGCACUCCGGCACCAAAUACUUCGGCGGUCACAGCGACAUGCUGUGCGGUGUCCUCGCCACCAAGAACGACGAAUGGGCCGCCCAGCUCAAAGCCGACCGUGUCUUCAUCGGUACUGUCAUGGGUAGCAUGGAGGGCUGGCUCGGUGUCCGCAGUCUCCGCACCCUUGAAAUCCGCGUCCAGCGCCAGAGUGAAAACGCCGCUCAUCUGAUUUCCUGGUUAGACGGUGCGCUCCACGCGCCCAACCCUGUGCCUGGUAGCGACGAGGCGGCUGUACAGGCUGUUCUCGGUGAGCUUCUGCAUGCUAGUUUGCAGAAGGUGGAGGGCGAUUGGUUGAAGAAGCAGAUGCCUAAUGGGUUUGGGCCUGUGUUCUCGAUCGUGAUGAAGGAGCAGCGGUUUGCACAGUACCUGCCGAGUAAACUGCGUUUCUUCCACCAUGCUACUAGUUUGGGUGGUGUUGAGAGUCUGAUUGAGUGGAGGACUAUGACUGAUGCUACUGUUGAUCGGAAAUUAUUGCGGAUUAGUAUUGGGUUGGAGAAUUGGCAGGAUUUGAAGGCUGACUUUGCGAGAGCGUUCCGGGAGCUUGCGCAGGAUAAACUGAAUUAG